AAGAUGGUUGCUGUAAGUACUGACGGUUUUUGCUGCGAGACGCUGAAUAAUUGAUUGUCAUUAUUUCAUACGACAAUGCACGAGAACCAGAAGUGGUACCCAGCAGAGCAAGUUUCUGUUGCUAAAAAGUCAAGGAAAUCUGCUAAAGCACAAAGGUUGAGAUCCACUUUGAAACCAGGUGCUGUUCUCAUCUUGCUGGCUGGCAGAUUUAGAGGGAAAAGAGUUAUUUUCUUGAAAAGCCUCGACGACAAUACCUUGCUAGUGUCCGGACCAUUCAAAGUCAACGGCGUUCCAUUGAGAAGAGUUAAUGCUAGAUAUGUCAUUGCAACCUCUACUAUUGUGGACGUUGCAGGCCUCGAUCUCUCCAAGUAUGAUGUCGCAUAUUUCGAUAAAGACAAACCAGAAAAAGGAAACAAAUCCGAGAAAGGAUUCUUCGGUGAAAGUGCGAAGAAAGAGAUCAAAAGUGACAGAGUAGCCGAUCAGAAAUCCAUUGAUAAGGCUUUGAUCACUGAAAUUAAAAAAACACCAUAUCUCAAACAAUACUUGGCAUCCUCUUUUUCUUUGAAAAGUGGUGACAAGCCACAUGCAAUGACCUUCUGAGUAGAGGGUCAAAUGUGUAUAUGCUUCAUAUAAAGUACACUAAGUUAGAACCUCUAUGUAGUAAUUAGUAUCUCAGAUGAAUUUUCCUAGAAGACGACACGGUUAUUGUAUUUACCCGCGUCGCCUUUCCUAGGUGUAACGUC